AUGUAUGUCAGCGGAUUAACGUUACAUGUUUCUCCUGUAUUAAAUGAUUUGUGGAUAUCUUUAGAGUUUAGUGACACUGAUGACACUAAUGACGCUGGUGAAACUGGUGAUACUUAUAACAUUGAAUAG